AUGCCCACCACAGCCUCAGAACCGCCCGCCAAGCGAGCCCGCCCUAACGAGGACGAGCCUUCGCCGGGUCCCAGCUGCGCCAAGAGACUCACAACCUGCGUCUACUCGUCCGAGGUCGAGGCGAGAGCGUGGAACUUGAGCAUGAUUCAAUCUCUACGAGAUCAGCUGCAAGAACUCGAGGCAAGUGAAGCUUCAACUAAAGAUAUCGCCAACCCUCACCCGCGAGCUUCGGUGCCCGCCCCUGUCGACAACUAUAAUACAAGCGUGCAACCGCCGCCUCCACUGCCCGUUGAACGCCGGACCUCUGCUUCGACGACCGGCUUAUUAGAUGCCACCCCCGAUCAGACCCUGCACAGCGCCAUCAGUCCCCGGACCGCCCCAGCAAUCAUCCACAUCGCCGACAGCUCCCCCACCACCGGCGCCCCGUUCCCUCGAUCCUACCUUGUCCCCGCAGCCGGCACCCGCCAAACCUCCUACCCUUCACCGCGCUCGCAGACAUCGGCCGUCGGCAACCGAGCCCCGUCGUGCGACUACUUUGAGCCCAGUGGCUUUGAAAAACUCAUGAAGCCCGUCCAGUCCGACGUCGAAUCCUUGCAUACCCUGCUCCCCGUCUCCUCGCUCCCCAUGACCAGCGGCACCCACAACCAGGCAGAAGAGUGCGCUUGCGAACGCCUCCUGGACGCCGAGCGAUGGCGGUUGCCGCCGCGCCGCGUGGCCGACGGGCUCAUCGCCGUGUAUUUUUCCCGCGUCCACCGGGCGUACCCCAUCCUUCAUCAACCCACAUUCCAGAAACAGUACAACCAACUGUGGGAGUCCAGCACCCACGGCGCUGGCGCGUCCGCCCCGACUUGCUUCGGCUUGUGCAAGCAACGGAGCCGUGGGAGGCUCUUCCCGUUCACUCUGCACGCCAUAUUCGCCCUUGCCACGCUCUUCGGCUCCGGCCAGCUCGAGCAGAAUGCGACCAGAGCCGACGACUUCUUCCGCGACGUGAGGGGCUUGGACCUCAUGACCAUGCUGAAUAACCAGGUCGGCAUCGAGCUAAUACAGCUCGGGCUCCUUAUGGGCUUCUAUCUACAGGCGACCGAGAGGUUCUCGCAGUGCUGGAAUAUUUCCAGUCUCACCAUUCGCCUGGCGAGAAAUAUAGGACUCAAUGUUAGCAUCGACGAGGCACGUCGUCGGGGCCUCAUUUCUCGCCCGACCCAGCUGGAAUGCGAGAUGCGUGCUAGAGUAUGGUACGAAGAUGUAAACGCUAACUGGCUCCGAGGAGAGGUCUCAAUGUGCUUUGGCCGACGACUAACCAACACCACAACCGAGAAACAAUCCAUUGCCUUACCACAGGCCAUCGACGACGACCUGUUGGGCGACGUUGAGAAUACGUGGAACUUGCAAACACCAGGCAUGCCAAGCCUUCUCGAGGCGUACAUACAAACCAUCAAGCUGUACAACAUCCUGGGCCAAGUUCUCGACGACGACGAAUCCUACGAGUCCAUAUUCCAUCGCAACGGGACCAAGUCAUCCUCCGAGUCGUCCCUCAACUUCAACGCCCUGCUCGAUCUCGACGCCUCGGCCACGCGAUGGAGGGACGCUCUGCCCCCGUAUCUGCGCUAUGAACCCCCAGGUAGCCCUGGCUUAAACUCGAAAGCCGCCGCGGCCAACGGCCCCAACGAUCAUGGCCCAGAUUUCGCAGAACAAGCAAAGAGGCUGCACCUAAGGUUUCUGCACACUCGGCUCCUCAUCCAAAGACCCGCGCUUGACCUCUUCUUCCAGAGGCAAAAGCGCCAAAGAGCCAACGGCACGAGGCAAGAGCCCCCGGAACUCGCCCCUCUCGAGGAUCUGAUGCUCCGAAACGUGGCUCCGCAGUGUCUCCUUGUUUCUCAAAAGAUGGUCGAGUUUCUUGACGAGCAAAUCCGCUCUCGCGAUUUUAUCGCGUGGUGGUACAAUGUAAGCUAUCUGCAUAGCGCUGCCAGCACACUCUUUGUCGGCCACCUAUGCAGGGGUAUCGACGACAUAAUCUCCGCCUCAGCCCUCUCCGCCAGCUAUGAGCUAUCCGUUCAGUGUCUUUCCCGCUAUACCAGCCUGAGCAGCAUCGCGAAAAAGUCCGUCCAGCUCCUCCGCGAGGGUUCGAAACGUCUAUUCCCCAGGCGCGCCUAUCCCAAAACUCCAGCGAACAGUGGCACGCCCGCCAGAUCCUGCGCCGAGCUUCACGGCAGCAGCUCACAAUAUCAGCGCCCAAGUGCCGGGCACCCUGCAGAAGUUGGCUACCUCGGUGGGCAUGUCCCCGAGCCCUCUGGAACAGGCGUCAGCCAUGGGGUUAGGGAUAAAUGCAACUCGUGCAGAAGUCAAAGGCCAACGCCGCAGCAACAUUGGGGUGCCGAUAGCAUUGGCGGCAUGGCGCCUGACAUUCCUAGCGCCGGGAGUUUUACCGAUGAGCUGUGGGACGUUGAUCUAUCCCAAUCGACAUCGUGGCUGCCCGGGCCCUUUAUACCGCACUGGGAUAAUUUCAUGCUUAGUGCUGAGGCUGCGAUGCCCAUAGAUUAA